UUAAACAUGGCGUCGGAUUCAGACAUGAAACGGGAAAAUUCUCCUGAAGAAGACGUUUCUAAAGAUGAAGAGGGUAAAAAACCCGGGCCUAUUUCAUUUGGUUUCAGUAAAACAGUAAGUAAGUUUAAAACGUCAAGCUUGAACCGCGACGAAGCAGGCAAAGCAGAAGACCGAGAUUAUUUAACAGGCGUUGAGGGAAAAGAAUUGAAAAGCACCAAGCCUGUGGAAAAGCCAAAGGAGCUCAUUAUUCCCCUGAUCAAUAAGAACCGCUGGUACAAAGCGGAAGGUGCCGGAAAAACAGCAGGAGAGGAUGGUAAUGCUCGCCCACCUCAGGAGCAGGACUCUGUUGAGUCUCAGGCUGUCAAGGAGCUCAUUGAAGAGUCCCAGAAGCACCAGGAGCGAUGGAAGAACGGGCCACAGGCAGACCCCAACCUCGCCAUCCCCCUGCUGAUGCAGAACCAGGUCCCGCAGGGUUACGAGGACGGGGACAAAGUCAAGGUCGACCUGCGACCCGAGUCGUCCACAGAUGCAGACUAUGACAGUGUGCCUGUGGAGGCCUAUGGCUUGGCUAUGCUGAGGGGGAUGGGCUGGAAGGCAGGAGAGGGCAUCGGCAGGACCUUCAAACAAGACGUGAAGCCCAUAGAGCACCAGCUUCGCCCCAAGGGGCUGGGUCUGGGUGCCGACCGCUCGGCCCUGAAGGACCUGGAGCCCAGCGGGCCCCGGCGCCCCCCCAAACCGGGUGAGGAGCGGGGGGAGGAGGAGGCCUUGACAUUAGUGCCGGGUGGGUGUGUUCUGGUUGAGUCCGGAUCCCACAAAGACCUGUAUGGGAAGAUAGAGGGGGUUGACCCAGACAACGCUCGAGUCAUGGUGAAGCUCGCAAUUGGUGGAAAGACAGUGACCAUCAGCCAGUAUGCCAUGCGAUUGGUUGGUCGCAAAGAGUAUGAGAAGAACAGCAAAGACCUCAGUCGCCUCAGCAAAGCCCACAAAGAAAAAGAGAGAGAGAAAGAGAGAGAAAAGGAAAGAGAGAAGGAGAGAGAUAAAGAGAGGCAGCGGAGGGAAGAGAAGGAGAGGAGUCGUCAGGAGGAGAAGGGGAAGGACAGAGAGAGGGAGAAGGAGCGAGGGAAGAACAGAGAAAAGGACCAGCUGAAGAGGAAGCACCCAGAAUCCAGCUAUGACAGAGAAAAGCCCCUCCCAGUGAAGGAACCCCGCCUUCCUCCCCCAGCCACAUCCUGGCUGCAGAGAGACCUCAGGGUGCGCUUCAUUGACAAGGCCUUCAAGGGGGGGAAAUACUACAACUCCAAGAUGAGAGUGGAGGACGUGCUGACCCCCGAGACCUGCGUGUGCCGAACCGAGGAGGGCAGGCUGCUGGAAGAUGUGAAGCAAGCGAUGCUGGAGACCAUCGUGCCCAAGAGCGACGCAGACUUCGUCAUGGUGGUGCUGGGAGAGCACAAAGGGCAGGUGGGCCGGAUCCUGCGGCGGGACCGGGAGCGGUGCCGGGCCAUGGUGCAGCUGGAGCGGCAGGAGGAGCGCGUGCACACCCUCGACUACGACGCCAUCUGCCACUACGUGGGAGGGGUGGACGACUGACGCCCCGCGGGUGACGCUGCUCCACCUCCAUUCCUCCACCUCAGACCCGCCCCCCCACGUUGUAGCUCAUCACAGCAGCUGUUCCCGCCCCCUCCAUCUGAUUGGCUCCGCCUGGCACAUAUUCCCUCUGUACCCAUGCUGCUCGAGGGCUAGCCCUGUAGGGCCUCAGUCUCUGCAGUUUUUACUUGUAACCAGGAGUUUAAUCACCUGACUAAACUAAUUGGCUGAUUGACUGGGCCUUUAUUUUGCAACCCUCCCGCACUCUGAGUCGACUCUUGACUGUUGGUGCACAAGAAAGCUCAAGAGCCUGCCCGAUUGUGGACCUUCCACAUUCACAAAAUCCCCAUUCUGCACCAUGCCCCUGCCACCCAGCCUUUCAGAGGACCAAACAGAGAGGGCUAAUGGGGGUCCAGAAAGAGUAGGGAAUGAAGGGGAGAUUUUGUAUGCUGGACAUACUGAAUGGUAAUGGAUAUGAAAGCAUAGACAGUAGGGUAGUGUGUAUGAGGGGUCUGUUCACAGCCACAGCGGGAAACGGCUGCCCCAUGUACAGUGGCUAUUAAAGGAAGCAGAGCUCCGGGUUCAAGUUCCAUCUCCGCCAACCUUUGAUAAAUGUAUCGCCGGUUCAGCCAGACCGAGAAGCAUCCGGAAGCGUAACUGAGAUGCUAUUGUCCAGAAAUAAGGCUCUUCAGUACGGCGAUGCAAACAAGACGGGGGCAGGGUGUUUUCACUUACGAAACUGUCACAGAGAGUCCGGGACGCUGUUUCAGCGAGUACGUGCUGUUCCUGUGGAAGCGAGGGGACGUGACCCGGGACAGGGACGUUGCACGUGCGGUCACAGGGACGGGGGCGGGAGUAACGCGAUCCGCAUGGACGCUGCUGCAGCGUGGGAACUCCACCACUUGCAGGCACAGCAAGCUUUCACAGCAGCCCUGUGAUAACUCGCCUCCUCCUGCAUAUGCAGGUGAAGAAAGACAGGCGCGAGGUGCAAACCCAGGAAUGAGCUCCCCCACCACCUCCCCCCACACACACACGCAC